GAGCUCUGGAGGGGCCGUGCGGCCGAGCCCGGGGCUACCCCCGCGUCCCGGGAGGCGCCCGGCGCGCGAGCCCAGCCCAUGGUGUGGUGGCCCGCUUCUCCCAGUGCCUGGCCGAAUUUCGGGCGUGGUUAAGAACCAACUGGCUGCGGUUCAACCCCGACAAGCCGGAAGUGAUGCUGCCUUCUGUUGAGUCUUCAAGCCCAGGAGGUUCAGCAACAUCAGAUGACCAUGAAUUUGAUCCAUCAGCUGACAUGCUGGUUCAUGAUUUUGAUGAUGAGCGGACACUAGAAGAGGAAGAAAUGAUGGAAGGAGAAACAAACUUCAGUUCUGAAAUAGAGGAUCUUGCAAGGGAAGGCGAUAUGCCAAUUCACGAGCUCCUCAGCCUUUAUGGCUACGAUAGUGCUGUCCGGCUGCCUGAGGAAGAGGAGGAGGAAGAGGAAGAAGAGGAAGGGGAAGAUGAUGAGGAUGUCGACAACGAUGACCACAGUGGAUGUAGUGGAGAAAACAAAGAAAAUAUAAAGGAUUCAUCAGGCCAGGAAGAUGAAACUCAGUCAUCCAAUGAUGACCCAACACAGUCUGUGGCUUCUCAGGAUGCCCAGGAAAUAAUCCGCCCACGCCGAUGUAAAUAUUUUGAUACAAACAGUGAAAUAGAAGAAGAAUCUGAAGAAGAUGAAGACUAUAUUCCAUCAGAAGACUGGAAAAAGGAAAUUAUGGUGGGUUCCGUAUUUCAAGCUGAAAUUCCAGUUGGCAUUUGUAAAUACAAGGAGAAUGAAAAAGUGUAUGAAAAUGAUGACCAGCUUCUGUGGAACCCUGAUUACUUAUUGGAAGAUAAAGUGAUUGAAUUUCUUAAUGAAGCAUCCAGACGAACAGGAGAUGAAAAAGGGGUAGAAGCAAUUCCUGAAGGUUGUCACAUAAAAGACAACGAGCAGGCCCUCUAUGAAUUGGUGAAAUGCAAUUUUGAUACAGAAGAAGCCCUCAGAAGAUUAAGGUUUAAUGUGAAAGCAGCUAGAGAAGAGCUCUCUGUUUGGACAGAGGAAGAAUGCAGGAAUUUUGAACAAGGCCUGAAAGCGUAUGGGAAGGAUUUUCAUUUAAUUCAGGCUAACAAGGUCCGAACAAGGUCAGUUGGGGAGUGUGUCGCAUUUUAUUACAUGUGGAAAAAAUCUGAACGUUAUGAUUUCUUCGCUCAGCAAACACGAUUUGGAAAAAAGAAGUACAAUCUCCAUCCCGGUGUGACGGAUUAUAUGGACCGGCUCUUAGAUGAAAGUGAAAGUGCUGCCUCCAGCCGGGCCCCAUCCCCUCCCCCAACAGCCUCCAACAGCAGCACCAGCCAGUCAGAGAAAGAAGAUGGCACAAGUAACAGUAAUCAGAAUGGUAUAUCCUCAAAUGGCCCUGGGGAAGUCUCCAACAAGGAUGAAGUCAGAGUUGAAGGAUUGCACAUGAACGGGCCCACUGCUGGGAGCAAGAAGCCCAUCCACGCAGACGCGAACACCAAUGGCUAUGACGCUGAUGGCCUGCCCGGCGACCUCAAGCUCGCUCAUGGAGCUGCCAAGAAUGAAAAUUAUUUUGAUGAUAAAAACGAGAGGCCUGCCAAGCGGCGAAGGGUUAGCAGCAAUGGCAGAGAAAGCCCAGGCUCUUCAGAGUUUUUCCAGGAGGCAAUCUCACAUGGGAAGUUUGAAGAACUGGAAAACUUAGAUGACUAGAUGUGAGGGCUGUUUUUUAUUUGGAGUAAUUUCUGGUGCGACUACAAUUUUCAGGGUUGAUGGGUUACCUUAAGUUGAUUUCCUUGAAGCACUCAGUUGAAAUCUGACAUUUUAAAUUGGAUUUUAAUUUUAGGUGACAGUUUGUAUUUCUGCCUUUAGCAGAAUUUUUUACUUCUGCUAUUUUAAAGACCCUUUUAAAUAUUGAGAACUCCUAUAGUCAAUGAAGGCUGUACAUUGAUCUUUAACAACAGAGAAUCCUAUUACAGAAUUUUAGAGACAUAUUUUAAUACCAAACCCUGUUGUUCUGAGUUUGAGGUUUGGUGGGGGGGGAGGUGGGGGUGGGAUAUGCGGGAACUGGGGAAGGUUGGUUUGUAUUUAAUUUGAAAAAUCUUCUGCUUAACACCAGCUUUUCUGCUGUUUUUUUUUUUUAAUGUCUAGUAGACCAGGAAAUAGACAUUACAUUUUUCUCUCCAUACAAAUUGGGUGUCAUAUUAUUGAGGAAACCCUUAUGAAUCCUGAAAGUUAUGCUAGCAUGAUUUUUUUAUAUAUAGAAGUUAAAAAAUAAACCAAGUCAGGUUUGUGUAUGUACAAUUGUUGACAUCAGUGAUGUCUUUCAUAUUCUUAUCUGGGCUUAAGAAAUACAUGCUGUAUUUUUCCAGAUUCUUUGUAGCCUUUGGAAGAUUUUUACAGAACUUAUGUCUUGAUUGAGCUGUCCUUUCUUAAUACAAAAAGCUUGUAUAAUUUUCUUAACUUGUACAGUUGGUAAACUUUUAUGAGAAGAGUUGAUAUUCUGAGUCUGUCAGCUUCAUUUUAUUUUGCUAAAGUCUUUUUCUAAUGAAUUUUUAAGUGUUUGUGUAGUAUCUGAGUCAUCUUUUCUUAUUCAGAUGGUUAAAGCAUUCAUAGAGAAUUAUGAGAAUCUGAUUUUUACAAUUUCUACGUUAGGACAAAUCGUGAGUUUCGAGAAUUCUGAAGUGAUGCAUGAUGCUUGUGUUGCACAGACUUUUGCAUUUGUUAUGUUUUCAGUUUUAUUUUUGCAGCAACAAGAGCUUAAUGUCAGCUUAAGUGCUUAACUUUAACUCAAACGUGUUGGCCAGAGUCCUGCUCAGUUAUUUUUAUAUACAUAUCAAAGGACCCCAUUUUUGCAUUUAAGAUGAGCCUGGAGGGAAUGAGAACAAGUAGUUCGGUUCUGUUUGUGGGAAUGAAAGGACAGUGUCUCCUCUGGUCAUUGGCAGAAGUGUGCAUCUCUUGUGGGCAGGUCACAUCAAGUGUCAUUGAUUUUAUGCAGAAAAAUAAUAGAGAAAGUGUCCAACCUUCCCCAAAACAAUUCUUCCAUUUUCAGCUUGGGGAGGAGUUUUUCUGAAAUUGAAAUCCAGAGGCUUUAUUGUAGCCAUAGGUGCAGAGUGAGAUAGAAGAGAGAAAAGAGGAACCAUUUCCCUGGAUAAGCAGGAUUAUCUAUUUGUGGAGUCGAAAGGGCAGGCAGGUCUGCCUGUUUUAAGCAGGGGAGUCUUGCUGAAAAUAGUCUUAGGCAGCAUGUGGGCCACCUAGACACUCUUAUACAGGCAUUUAGAAGUAAUUUUGCUAAGUAUCACACAGAUGUACACGUUGUAAACACCUCCUGUCUUUUUCUUCGUGGUGGCCAGUGGCUUGGAGGCAGUACAGAUGACCCAGCCAAGAAGUACCUUGUGGUCCUCUGAGUGGCUCCACUGUGGGCCCUGCAAAGAGCUCCUGGCCCCCUCCUCACAGCUGCUUCCCUCAUCAGGGUGAACAACAUUUUCUUUUUUUCCUGCCUCAGAUCAGUGUUAAAAGCCAUUUUAGAACAUUUUAAUUUCCUAGGAUGGACAUUGACAGAUUUUACCCAGAGUCUGAAUGGUAGCAUGUGUGGAGGGUGGUGACCCAACAUUUCUGUUCCUCUGGAAUGACAGAAGCUUUAGCAAAGGGGUCAUAAUCCAUGUUCUUCGUGAAGUCCAAAGAUGGUCUAGAGAAGGUUCCAAGGGAAGGCUGGUGCUAGGUGUCAAGAGACCCAUUGUCACCUUUUUUUUAAAAAAAGAGAAAAAAUGCAUCCUUGUUUGCAAGUUUUUAAACUGCAAACUCAUUUUAUAGGAAAGUCUAGAAGUCAUUUGUCCUCAGGUCUGUUUGCAGAGAGGGCAGUUGUGUCGUGUUCAGAAAUGUUGCUUUUUUGCUCUCUCAGUUUGAAGGUGUCCCUAGAGGAUGACAUUCCGUGGUGUGGUAUGAUAUAGGAGGCUCAGCUUUUCUUGAAGAAGGAUUGAAUUGUGUUUUCCUGUUUGUGUUUAUACAGGCAUUUUACAUGGUAAUUUUUUUCUUGUUCUUCAGCAUACAGCCACUAUAACUUGAGAGGUCAUUGCACUAUUAGUACUUUAAGAUUUUUAGUAAUGUCAUGAAUUUAAUUUGCCUAAGUAAAAUUCACUCUGAUCCAGAAUCAGUUCCACCUUGGCAUAGCGUAUGGUGUUCGGGCAAACACGGUCAGGAAACGAUGUUCUCUUUUAUGGAGUUCUUUCAGAUGUUUGCAGAAUCAGAAAUUCAGUUCAACAAAAAUCUUUGGUUGAGCUUUAAAAAUAGAUUUGAAGGGAUACUUUAAAAGAGUAGGCAUUCAAAAAUUAUGGAUUAGAUUUUUUUAAAUUCCUGCAUAGUAAUUUUGCACUGUAAGUAAUUUCCAGUUCUCUCCCUGAUCCCUGUCUGCAAUUCUGAAAAAGCUUAUUAAAAUAUUUUUUUAAACAUG